AAAAAGGUUAAGUUGAUCAUGUGAAACACAAAUGCGACAAUUCGACACAGCGUAUGCAUGAAAGCUAGAAACCAUCAUCAUCACAUUCAAGAACUUAUUUGUUGACAGCUAUACAUUUAGAUUAAAAUGGAACAACUAAAACGUUUCCUAUUUAUCGUAAUAUGUAUAGCAUUAUGCCCAUCGUUUAUCAUAACUGAGGAUGUGGAUCCCAACCCAGAAGUCGACACUAAGAAUGGAAGGGUUCGAGGAACUGUACACUACACAAUAAACAGCACUAAACCUGUCUAUACUUUCUACAGUAUCCCAUAUGCCCAGGCUCCCACAGGUGCAGGCAGGUUUGGAAAACCAACUCCCGCACAGUCAUGGACCGGAAUCAGAAAUGCAACGGAGAUAGCCCAUGCGUGCGUAGAAAAUGGACCUGUCGUUCGAAUGAUGUUAAACACACCAUUGGCUUUGCACAACAGAAUACCGAUGCCUCAACGCUUUGAUAUUUACUCUGAAGAUUGUUUAGAACUAGAUGUCUACACACCUAACACAACAGGAAAACUACCUGUGUUGUUUUGGAUACAUGGAGGUGGAUUUUAUUUAGGGACUGGACACGCGUACAAUGGAACUGCUUUGUGUACUUUCACAGACUUGGUUGUUGUCUCAAUAAACUACAGAACAGGACAUUUAGGGUUUCUUAGUUCCGGUGAUGAGCACAUGCCGGGUAACAUGGGGUUCUUUGAUCAAGUGAUGGCACUUAAGUGGGUUAAAAAUAAUAUACAGGCUUUUGGAGGGGACCCUGAUAGAAUAACAGUUGCUGGAGAAAGUGCAGGUAGUUGGAGCGUUUCAUCACUUCUUGUGUCACCAAUAAGUAAAGAUUUAUUCAAGCGAGCCAUCCUCCAGAGUGGAUCAAUUAAUACGGACAAACUCAUCAAUGAAAAUCCAAGAAAAAAGUUUGAUGGCAUAGUAAAGCUAAUAGGAUGUGCAAAUGAAACAUUAGAGGACACUAUACAAUGCUUGCGAACAAUAUCUAUUGAUGAGAUCUCAAAAGUUGGCCCUCAAUUUGAAUCUGAUUGGCCAACAAUAGAUGGUGAGAUAUUUCCUGAGCAUCCUAGGGAUUUGUAUCUGAAGACUGAUUUCAGUGAUAAGGAUGUCCUUGCAGGUGUAACAGAAGAUGAAGGGUUUAUGUUUUUAGGCAUGCCUGUAGAAACAGGACGAAUCCCCGAGAAUAUGAAUAAUUCAUACGGCCGAUUUAUCCUAGAAAUCAUACAAGGACUUACUUCCUACAUGAGAGAAGAUGCAAUUACGAUUGAAAACAUUGAAAAAAUAGCAACAGAGUAUUUGGAAAAUAAUGCCUCAGCGGAUACGGCAUCAGAAGAACUACUGAAGGAGACUUCUGUUGAUAUAAUCAGUGAUCUCGCGAUGUUUUUCCCAACGCUUAACACGACGAGAACCAUAAAAGGCAUGGGUGGCAACACUUACUUUUAUGUGUUCUCACAUUCGCCAAGUUUCGCAGCCCUUCCGCGACCAGCAUACGUGGAUUCAACUCACUUUGAUGAUGUCUUCUUCAUGUUCGGCGUUGGCUUCCUUGACAAAUGGAUAGAUGAGGGAAAGGGUUAUGUGUUUAGUGAUGCAGAACAGGAGUUGAGUAAACAAAUGAUGCAGUACUGGGCCAACUUUGCAGCAACUGGUAAUCCAAAUGGCGAUGGCCUCCACAAUUGGCCUGAGUACGACGUAGACAAUCAGAAAUAUGCAGUCAUAAAACCAAACAUAUCUAGUUCCCAAAUUGAUUUCCAAAAGAAGUUCAAUUAUUGGAAAGAAUUUAUGGCAAACAUUGAAGCAAAAAGGAUGAAAGUAGAACCCGAAACAACACCUGAACCGACCCAGCCAACUGGAUCGAGUAACCAAUUAAGCUGGCGAUAUACAAACAUUUUUAUCUACAUGGCUGUGCAUAUAUUUGUAGUCUUAAUGUCUUAAUUUUUUGUAAUCUAUUUUUUUAUGGACAAAGAUAGUAUUAUUAUUGUUCACCAGAAAACUUAAAAAAGUUUUAUUUUUCUGGUCAAUAUUUGGCCUAACAUCUUCUUUAACAUACCUAUUUUCUUCAAAUGUA